GGACCUGGGCUGUCUUGCAGAAUGUCGGUCGAUGUAGCGUUCGAGAGUGCAGAGGAAAUCUCCAGGAAACUGUCUCGCUACGAGCAGCUCUUCAAGAGCAAAUACACUGAGGCAGAUGCCGGCUACAGACGCUGCGUUGCUAACGCUGAAAAAGUGCGGCAGGUCCCAGUGAUAGACCCGUGGCCACCUCGAGGUGUCUUCUCUCGCAGAGGGAGGUACAAUAAACACGACGACUGGGACGGAGGAGGAGGGAGAAGGAGAGGUCACAGAGGUCGACGGAGGGACAAUCGCUAUCACCAUGACCCCUAUCCCCGUUACUAUGACGACAGGCCACCUCCCCCAGGACCCUGGGGCUAUGGACCUCGCUCUCCCAGAGAUGACUACAGAGAUCGCUCCCCCCACCGUCCCAUAUCUCCCCACCCUCACCACUAUCACCGUCACGGCUCCUCCUCCCCCCUCCCCUACCCUCCUCCUCCCUCCCACUCACACCACCUCUCUCCCCACUCUCACCACCCUCACCAUCGUCGGUCUCCUCGGAGUCGCUCCGUCUCUCCAGCCCCUCCUCCGCACACCAGGACACCUCCCCACCGGUCUCCACUCAGGGACAGAGACAGUGAGUCGGCCUCUGGCCAAGAAGCUCCGCCUACAGUGCCACACCUCCUAGAACCUGACCUUGAAGAGAGAGACGACAGGAUUCCGUCAGAGAGUGAUGUACAAGACAUCCUCUCCUUCGCCCAUGCCCCUCUCAGCCAGGUGACGGCUGAGAACCUGCGACAGGCAAAGAUGGAGGGAAGAAAGACCCACCGAUCAAAACAGGACUCUAGCAGGACGGGGAAGAAGAUGGUCGGUUCAGGACACGGUGGAGGCAAGAUUCAGGGACAACGUGGCUCCAUCAGGACAGGGUCUCCUGAUCACUCACGGGAAGCCUGAACUUGUGUCGACUUUGUAUCUCCUUGGCAACCAGGAGGCGGGGGAGGGGGAGGAGGGGAGAGGGAGGGGAAUUACCCAGAAGAAGAUGAAGAAGGCUAGGAGGUCGGAGUCAGAUGAUGAGAGACUAGGGGGCGGGACUCAUGGGUUCGUAAUGAGGGGGGAUGGAGAAUCCAGGGGGUCUGGGGAGGGUCUGGUGAUGAAACUGGACAAGAAGUUCUGUCACUCCAACUCUGAUUCCAGUAUUCUGAGUCACUCAGUUCCCAGCACGCCGUCCUCUGACCUCACUCCCACCUUCUCCCAGGGGAGCUCUCUUACCUAUCCUCACAGAGAGAGAGGUUGGUCACCCACCCUCUCUUCAUGGUUUUGGCACAUUGGUGAAAGUUGUAAGGGCAUCCAUGAACUACAUGUCUUACCCCUUCCAUCAUACACAAAAUAUUAUACCCAGUGGUUAUGCAGCAACAACACAAUACAGGACACCAUCCCCUAUUCUUUGGACUCUGUGUCUGUUGUUAUGUGAGUUUACAAAAGCUAAGGGUGGCAAGCGAGCAUUCCACAUCGCAAACCGCGGAAAUAUUGAGGAUUUGAGAAAACAACCAACACCUUGAGCCCAAAGUCUAGAGGCAUUCUUACUUGAUCAAACUUGUCCUUAUUGGAAAAUUUGUAAAUUUUGCUCUCUACAGAUCUAAGACUUGUGUGCAGUGAACUGCCUGGUCCUGGGACUGCUCGUCCAUCAACUGUCUCUUCCUCCCUCCAACCCCAACCUCCCCACUUCCACCACCCAGCACGGCACCACUGGAGGUUGUUAGGGAGAAGAGGCGGAAGAAGAAGAAGAAGAAAAAGAAAAAGUCGUCAUGUGAUAAGGAGGAGGAGGGUGAGGAAUGGGAGGAAAUGGUGACAGUAGCUCCUCUCAAACUCAAGAUUACUCUGGGGAAUUCCCCCAAAUCACUUGAUCCUAAUAGCUGUGUAACA